AUGUAUAAAGAUAUGUUUCCGGUAGUUUUAAUCGUAUUUUUGAUCCAGAUAUUCAGAAGCGAUGCAUUAUGCUCCAGAAGAGGAGUUGAGUGUGUAGAAUAUCAAGUUCUUUCUAGAACACCGGAUUACGAAGAACGUCAAUAUCCAGGUACGACUUGGGUGAGCACUACUGCAGAUGGUUCUACUUUAGCCGAAGCUCAGAGAAUUAUGUAUAAAAAAUUAAUAGAAUAUUAUAGAGGAAGCAACAUCGAUGGUAUCGCAAUUAAUUCUACUACUCCUGCACGAAUAAGAAUAAUACCUUGCCGUGGUGCUACAUGUUACAGUACUUUUACCAUGUCCUUUCCUAUUCCUGGAUAUAUGAAAGAAAAUGUACCUUAUCCUUUAGAUCCAACAGUAUUUAUUGAUCGAGAACCACCUCUACGUUAUGUGACAAGGAGUUUUACUGGAAGACCAACGGAAGAACAGUGGUUGGACGAAGCACAUAAAUUUGCAGGAUUGGUAUGGAAAGAUCCGACUGUAGAAAAGAAUUACUUUUACAUUCUAUUCUACGAUCCUCCAUUUCAACUCUUCAAUCGAUUGAACGAAAUAGCUCUUUUGAAGAAAAUUGAAGUUCCUAUUAGCACGACGGCACCUCCUAACGAAUUAGAACAUUAA